GUCUUCAACAACAAACCCCAAACCCGCCCAAACCACAAACACAUUCUUCGUUUCACUCUUGCCGGUCUUAAAUUUUACCUCGGCAGCAGCAUAUCAACUUGGCUCUUCUAUCGGCCAAACUCAACAAUACAAUUAUAAACCAAAAGAAAACAAAGCAGCUCUCUCUCUCUCUCUCUCUCUCUCUCUGGUUGGGGCCAAACAGUAAGAGCCUCAGAGCUGCAAAAUCUCAACAAGCGUCUCUCUACCGCUUAUCUUUUCCAUCUUAUCCACACCGCUUUGUCUUCUCCCUCUUCAUCAUCAUCAUCAUCGUCACCUCCUCUGCUGCAAUAACAAACCCCAUAUUAAUAAAUCUCCUCUUCUCUUUCUCCUUCCCUCUCCUCCUCUCACUCGUUAAAUUUUAUAUCUUACAAUAUAUAUCCUCCAAAACCCAAUCUCCUUGUUGGGUCUUAACCCUUCUUGGGAGCUUUGGUUCUAACACGUACACCCCAUCUCUCAAAACCCCUCGAGUCGUUGCUCGCUCAACGCACACCUCUAUCCGAUUCAACCGAGGGUUUUCUUUUUGUGGUGAGUCUCGGUAUUGAAACAUGGCUGUUGCGUCGGCUUUGGUGGAGAUUCUGAGCAGACCCACGUUUGUAGAAGUGCUGGGGGAGCUUGUCAAGUUCAUCACUCCUCUAUGGAUUGCUGUGAUUGUUGGGGUUUGUGUUGGCUGGGCGUGGCGGCCCAAAUGGGUCGCCGUGGUUGGUCGAGAAUUGUUGGAUAGCUCCUCACGAAAGGACUCUGCUUCUUCUUCCUCUUCUUCUUCAUCGCCACCAGCAGCAUCCACGUGUGGGAUUUCGAUUCCGAGUUUGAGUUUGAAUUUGAGUUCGUUGCUGCCAAAUUACAUUCCUUGGGCAGCUGACGACGGCAGUCAGGACCAGGCUCUAGCUUUGCCACCUACCACCAAUACUGAUUGCAGUUCCUCACAGAUUGAAAAUGAUGAAUCUUGUAAUGUCUCUGAUGACGAUUUACGCCACAUAUGUCAGCUGGUUGAGGAGAAAGAUGGGGGUCCUGCUUGGAUUCAUAUGAUGAAUAAGUCAACUCCAACUAUGGGCUACCAAGCUUGGCGUAGAGAUCCUCAGACUGGACCUCCACAGUACCGGAGUAGGACUGUGUUUGAAGAUGCAUCACCUGAGACGGUGAGGGAUUUUUUUUGGGAUGAUGAAUUUCGGGCAAAGUGGGAUGACAUGCUUCUCGAGGCUUCUACUUUGGAGGAAUGCCCAACUACUGGAACCAUGCUAGUGCACUGGGUCCGCAAGUUUCCAUUCUUUUGUAGCGACAGAGAUUACAUGAUAGGUCGUCGCAUUUGGGAAUCAGGGCGAUCGUACUACUGUGUUACUAAGGGAGUGCCCUCCUCUGCUGUGCCAAGGCGUGAAAAACCUAGACGCGUUGAUUUGUACUAUUCAAGUUGGUGCAUUCGUGCAGUUGAAUCAAAAAGAGGGGACGGCCAGCUUACUGCAUGUGAGGUUCUGCUGUUUCACCAUGAAGAUAUGGGUAUUCCUUGGGAGAUUGCGAAACUUGGUGUUCGUCAGGGUAUGUGGGGAGCUGUUAAAAAGAUUGAACCAGGCCUACGUUUAUAUCAGAAAGAGAGAGCCGCUAAAGCCCCACUUUCGCGGUGUGCUAAAAUGGCUCAGAUCAACACGAAAGUCAGUGCAGAUUACCUGAGAUUGGUGGAAAACAGCUCCAAGGAUUCCAUGGAGGUUGAAAAUUCAGAUCCACCUGAGAAACCAGUUGGGAGAAACAUACCUAAAGCUCUAGUUGUCGGAGGGGCAAUAGUUCUUGCUUGCAGUCUUGAUCGAGGGCUCUUGACUAAGGCAGUUAUAUUCGGAGUAGCCCGAAGAUUUGCCAAAAUUGGGAGGAGGUUGUGAUCUAACAUGAUUAUUGCUUCAUCCCAGAUGAUGCCUAGCUAAUGUCUGUCAAGAGAAGUGAGGAAUUGCCAUGUGAUGAAUAUUCGAGCUUGUGCCUUUUUGACAGGAUUGGAGGUGUCACAUUCUUUCUCCUUUUUGUUUUAGCUAUGAAUAUAGCUUAAAUUGUAUAAGUACCCCCAGGCCAAAAGAGAGGAAACCAAGACGAGAGAGUAUAGCUGUAUUCAUUUAAUGUUGGAAAUGCCCAUGAAUGAUCUUGUUCUGCAAGAAUAAACAGAAAUGUUCAGGUUCUUUAAUGUUCAUUUUCUUUCUUCAGUAUAUGGAUCUUCAUAACCAAUUGUUGUACAUA